UUUUUACAGAUAAGCAGCAAAGAUGAAGAUUUUUUAGACCUUUCUGUUGACGUGGAACAAAACACAUCAAUUACUCACUGCUUAAGGGGUUUUAGCAACACAGAAACUCUAUGCAGUGAAUACAAAUAUUACUGUGAAGAAUGUCGCAGCAAACAGGAAGCACACAAACGGAUGAAAGUGAAAAAGCUGCCCAUGAUUCUAGCUCUGCAUCUGAAAAGAUUUAAGUAUAUGGAUCAACUUCAUCGAUACACAAAACUUUCUUACCGGGUGGUUUUUCCUUUAGAACUUCGUCUGUUUAACACUUCAGGCGAUGCGACCAAUCCUGACAGAAUGUAUGACCUCGUGGCCGUCGUGGUUCACUGUGGAAGUGGUCCUAAUCGAGGCCAUUAUAUUGCAAUAGUUAAGAGUCAUGAUUUUUGGUUGUUGUUUGAUGACGACAUUGUAGAAAAAAUAGAUGCACAAGCUAUUGAAGAAUUCUACGGGUUAACAUCAGAUAUCUCGAAGAACUCUGAGUCUGGCUACAUCCUUUUCUAUCAGUCCCGGGACUGAGGGAACUGCGAUGAAAAGAGACUUUCUGCCUCAUUUCUUCUCUGGUUAUUUGGGAAAGGAUCAAGCACCGAUUUUUCCAAGAAAAGAGAACUGCAGGAAGCUCAGGGGGGGCAGCAGCACACUUUGCACACAAUAAAGCAAAGACCGUGGGUUAACACGCUCUUCCUAUCCUGGUAGUUGAUUGAUUCGCUCAGGUAUCAUGCUGUCUGUGCAGUUCCGCACAAGGCAGUGAAAUCAGAGAUACCAGCUCCUCUUGUAAAACAGCCUUCCAGUAACCGACAUGCAUUUUCUCUUCCUUCAUUGCACCAGUAGUGAUUGAGCUCCUUGGGGGUGCAGCAGAGAGAACGGGAGUCUGUGCGAGGUUAUACUGACGGUGGCAGGAGGUGAUGCUGAACACGCUGAACAUGCCGCACACGUGCGUGCCUGGGUUGGACACGUAGAGAGAGAACACUGGGUAGUCUUUUCGAGCGUAAACCAGAAAUGCUUUUUGGGCCCAACACUUGCAGUCGCCUUCCUGAUGUAAAGAGACUUAACAGAUACUAGAAUCCAGUGUCAGGAAGGCAAAUACGUUUGCUUCUCUGAAGAAGCUUAUAAUCAUAUACAGUAUAUGUAUAUCUAGGGAACAAUUGGUCAAAAGUGGCUUUUUGUUUCCCCAAGGGGAAAGACUGGCUUUGUAAUUAUAAUUUUUUUCCUUAUUUAUUUUACUUAAAACUGGUAGAGUCUAAGUAUUGUAUGAAGUGCCCAUGAUUCUGUUGGUAAAUUUGAGCAUAUUUUUAUUAGUUUUUGUCAGUUUAAUGAAUCCUCUCGUUUGUUUUUAUUUUUAAGGUGAAUUUUUAAACUAUUUUAAAUCAUAAGUUACCCUAAUAAAAAUUGCAGUGAGAGAAGGUAAAUUAUUCUUUUUCCAGGAGGAACUGAUAUCUCUGGCUCUAAAUAUUUGUUCCUGGUUGUAAGUUUUAUUCAGCUUUAAUUUCAGUAAAAUUAAAAAAAAAAAAAAAUUCCCUAUUGUUGUGGAAUGACGGAAGAAAUCCUGGUGCGGUAGUAGUGUGCUAGUCUUGAGGGUUCUUCAGUUCUCUGUUUCAGGCUGAGGCCACGUUUGGAAAACUCAUGUCACAGCAGUUACGUUAUUUUCAGAUGUUCUUUAUUCUGGAAAGAAGUGACCAUCCCAGCCCCAGCCUUUCUGGGGAGCUGACAGACCCUGUGAGGAGUGCAUUAAUGAGGUCAACCAGGAGUACUUUGAAAGCAAGUCCUUUUUACCCCCCUUCCACCUUUACAGAUCUUACAGGAAGAGUGUUUAGAAAUUUAACUUUGUGUUUGUAAAGACUUCAUUCUGUUGGGAGUUUCAAGAAGUGACAUGCGUGAUGUAAGAUGUAUGUAAACCAUUGUGGUUGACACUUUCCUAUACAUCAGUAAGUUGUCUGACAGUGGCCGAAUGUAACUUGCAGAAAAUAAUUGAAUAUAUAUUCAAGAUAAUAGCAAUCAGGUCUUAGAUGUUCUUUAUCCAAGUCUUUUUCAGGCAGUAAUCUUUUUUUUUUUUUUUAAAUUGCUGUAAUUUUCUAAACUUAUUUUACUAAUACUGUCGAAUCUGAAAAAAAAAGCAACAAAGAAGAAUGUUUUUGUCUGCUGCUAUUAUUAACAUUUAUUAUCUGUAUCUUUUAGCUCAGGAAAUGACUUCACCUAUUCGUUCCACGAAUAGAUCUUUAACAGGGUCACUUAGCUAAUUGGGCUGUUGAAAUAAAUGUGCCGGGAGAAAAUGAUGAUGUCUUCUGACAGAUUGCUUUUGCAGAUAACAGUUUCUAAAGCCUUACCCCUGGCUGGGAUGGUUUCGUACAAAUUACAUGGCCUGCCCAAUCUACCAAUGUGGCUCAGAGAAUCACAACCAAGAAUGCGGGCAAGCUCAGAGCUCUGGAGGUGCAUACAUUUUUUUUUGCUUUGAGGGCUUCAGCCAAAUCGUCUUGUAAUUUAAAGCUGAAGGUCUGCAGCUUUCAGUCCAGAGACGAGGAGUAACCUGAAGCUGAACCAGCUUUGACUUGAAUUGGGCCGCAGCAUGUAGAAGAAAGAUAGAUGAAGUCAUUUGCAUAAAGGUACAGUGUUGGGAUACUGUGUUGUGUUUGUAAACUACAUUAUGCAUUUUAAAAAGUACAGUAAAGUAAAAGCCAAGGUUAAAUUUUCUAUGAAAGCAAGUUCUCACGUUCUUCUUGAGUUCCAUGGUAGUCGCACACUGUUCACAUCUACACCCUGUUUAAUAGGACGACCUGUCAGGGGCGGGACAAUGACAUGAUGGUUCUCCAUUUACUUUGUCCUCUUAAGUGCAGCUGCAUCUAUGUGUAAUGUCUCGAAGCUUCUCAGAAACGCAGUAUGCUUUAAAAACACGGAGGGUUUAGGGCUAGGGGGAGAAAUGCAGACAGAGGGAGAAAAGUGAUGCGUCUGGAAAGCGACAUGAGGUUGUGUGUUGGCUGACCGACUGAAAGGAGAGGCGGGUUUCGCUUGUACACGGUGGUGAUCGCUGUCUGACUGUGUACAUGUUUGUUGGGAUGGCUGUCCCACGUUUUGUGUGUUGGAAUAAGAAUAUCUAUGAAUUAUUGUAACUGAAAGUAAAUAUUCUAAAUUAAGUCUCACUUCUAAGUCACACGGCUUCCGCCUUGGCAGCGGUACCUUUAGAAGCUGGCCAGAGACAGGAGCCCUGAGACUCUAGGCAAAGGGAGGGGGGUGGUGUGUAAUAUAUGGGUCUCGUCGCCUCUAACCAUCCGUGUAGAGUUUUUCCUUUCCUUGAUGGCAGUAGAAAGACCUCACUUCCAUAACAUACUACUCUUGAUACUUUCUUUAAAGCUACUUUUUCAUUGAAGAUUUCUCUCAUGAGGUAUUUAAGCUGGGAGCCGGGAGGCUAAGGCGCUCAGGUCCUGGCUCUUCAGUGAAUUUAAUUGUGUGACCUUGGGCAAGUCACUUAACCUCUGUGUGCUUCAGUCUCCCGAUCUUGUAAAAUGGGAGUAAUACCUACCUCACAGGGUUGUUGUGGGGAUUAAUUAGAUACAAUGUCUGUAAAGCAUCUAAGGUUCUCGAAGAAGGCGCUAUAUAAAUACAAAAUAAUAUCUAUUAAAGUUGGUCUAUUUGUG